UUAUCCUUCUUCAUUUUUCAUGUCUUCAACACAUAUUUCAAACAUAACACAAAAUGACGAACUUCUCUCGUUCGUGGAAACAUGAUCAAGUGUUCAUCAGUUUCAGAGGUAAACCUCUAAGAAAAAAUUUUGUGAGCCAUCUAAAAGAAGAAUUAAAGAGGAGAAAAAUCAACUUUUUCAUUGACGAGGAUGAGACGAGAGGGAGACGGAUGACAACACUCUUUGAAACAAUCAGAGAGUCAGGUGUUGCACUCAUACUCUUGUCAAACAAGUACUCCGACUCAGAGUGGUGCUUAGACGAGCUUGUAGAGAUCAAGAAGCAAAUGGAGACGGGGUAUCUUGACGCUUUUCCUGUAUUCUACGAAGUGAAAUCUGCCUCCAUCAAGAGCCAGACUGGUUGCUUCGGUAACACUCUCCUUAAAACUGAGAAUAAAGUUCGCAGAAAAGUUGAUCGUGGAAGCUACAAGUCCAUACUUGAAACAGAGGCUAGGAUUUGGGGAUGGAGGCAAGCUUUAGUCUAUUAUAUUGGUGGAUCAUUCGGCUUUUCUCAUAAAAAAGAAGACCCGGACGGGCCUUUAAUUAUUAAUAUUGUGGUUCAACUUAAGAAAAUGUUAGAUGAAAUUUCUUAUCGAAGAAAUUAUCUUUUUAUCAUAGAGAAGUCUCUGAUGCAUCCCCAGGAGGCAUUAACGUCCUUAUUACAAGCUCUAAACAUUAAGAAGUAAGAUCUUGAAGAUCUUAUUACAAGGCCGUUCAUUCAGACCAGAGGCACUGAUCAUCUGGUUUUUCUUGACCUGAUCUCUCUUAAAAAUCCUAUCCUCGGUCAGCGGCUGAUCAAGCGUGUUCAGGAUGGAAUGAUUUUCUUGGUGUUGCUAGGUUCUGUUGACGGCUCCGUUGAGGAUGUUGAUUUCAAGCCUCGCUUGUUGUCCAGGAAACCUCGACUAUUUCCUGGUAACAAGCUUAUUGUCUCCCCUCAAGAAAUUGAAGAGCAACGCUACUUUUCGCCAGUUCAAGUCAGCAAUGUGUUAGCAAUGGCAGAGAGUAAUGAAAAUACUCGGAAUCGUCUUGGUGUAGAUAAAAACUCCGAUUGUUCUUUGACCUGCUUUUCAUUGUUAUGCAACAUUAUGAAACGUUUUGAAAUGAUGAUAAAUCCUCCUCCGCCUAGAGUGUUCAUCAGUUUCGGCGAGAAGCAGCUCGAAAUGAACCUAGUAAGUUCUCUGAAAACAGAAUUUGAAUCAAACGAAAUCUCGGUAUAUAUAGAAGAUGAGACAAAGGAGAGGAUCAAAGAGUCAAAGGUUGCAAUAGUUGUCUUCUCAGACAAGUACCCUGAGUCACCAGAGUGUCUUGAUGAGCUCGUUGAGAUCAAGAAGCUUAUGGACGCAGGAGAGAUCACUCCCUUCCCUAUUUUCUACAAGCUGAAGGAUGUUCCUAGGCUAGCUCAAUCAGUUAAACAACUGAAGGGUUGUUUCCGUAAUAGGCUUCUCAAGAUAGAACAAGAAGUGCGCAAAACCGUCAAUAGGGACAAUGUGAACUCUAUACUAGAUACCGAAGCUAGAAUCUGGGAAUGGAGACGAGCUAUCUCGUCCAUUUCCUCAAGACCAGGCUUGAGCAAUGAAAAUAGCUCUGAUCCAGUGUUCUUCACUGAUGUCGUGACCAAGGUCAAAAAACUGUUUGUUUAAGGCUAUACCGAAGAAGUCAAGUUCCUAUAUAAUUACUAAUCAAGUGAUUGAA